CACUCACUCUCUUAUUCUUUGUCUGUCUAUAAAUAACAUUCUAAAUCUUGGCUUUCUUUUUCAAGUUUCAAACCAAUUACCAAUCAAUCUCCCUGAACUCCUUUCUUUCUUUUCAUUUUCUGGAUUUCAAAUCCUUCACUUAACAAGAGAGAAAUGGAAGUUCAACGCCAAAUAUAUUCUGAUCCCUCCAGCAAAACAAAGAAGAACCAAAAGCAGCAGAAUUCACUGUCACAAACUUCUUCACUUUACUUAACAAACACUUUUUUCUUCGGUCUCUUCUUCUCCGUCGCAUACUUUCUUCUUAACCGGUGGCGUGAAAAGAUCCGAACCUCUACACCUCUCCAUGUCCUCACAAUCUCCGAGAUUCUUGCUCUAGUUUCCCUCAUUGCUUGCCUUAUCUACCUUACGGCUUUCUUUGGCGUUGCCUUCAUCCUUCAUUACGAUGAAGAAGAAGAUGAAGUUGCUGACAUUGCUGCGAAAACCACCAAAGUCAUGCCAAAUCUACCGGAGGAAAUCCUUGUCCAAAAAGUUUUGUCCAUGGAAGAUGAGGAGGUUGUUGGUGCAGUGGUGUCUGGAUCAAUUCCAUCUUACUCGCUUGAAUCGAAGCUUGGAGAUUGCCGACGUGCUGCUGUGAUUAGGAACCAAGCUGUGGAGAGAGUUACUGGAAGGUCACUUGAAGGUUUACCAAUGGAAGGUUUUGAUUAUGAUUCUAUAUUAGGACAAUGUUGCGAGAUGCCAAUAGGGUUUGUUCAGAUUCCGGUGGGUGUUGCCGGUCCUUUGUUGCUCGAUGGUAAAGAAUACACCGUGCCAAUGGCAACCACUGAAGGUUGUUUAGUUGCAAGUACCAACAGAGGUUGUAAAGCUAUUUAUGUUUCUGGUGGUGCUUCGGCAGUUGUCCUUCGUGAUGGAAUGACCAGAGCUCCUGUCGUAAGAUUCAACUCCGCUAAAAGAGCUUCUCAGUUGAAAUUCUUUUUGGAAGAUCCUCUAAAUUUUGAUUCCAUCUCUCAUACAUUCAACAAGUCAAGUAGAUUUGCAAGAUUACAAAAUAUUAAAGCUACUAUAGCAGGAAAGAAUUUAUACACUAGAUUCACUUGUUCAACCGGUGAUGCAAUGGGGAUGAACAUGGUAUCAAAAGGUGUACAAAACGUACUUGAUUUUCUUCAAACUGAUUUUCCUGAUAUGGAUGUUAUUGGUAUAUCUGGAAAUUUUUGUUCGGACAAGAAAGCUGCGGCGGUGAAUUGGAUUGAAGGGAGAGGGAAAUCAGUGGUUUGUGAGGCUGUAAUUAAGGAAGAGGUGGUGAAGAAAGUGUUGAAGACUAGCGUGGAGUCUUUGGUUGAGCUUAACAUGCUUAAAAAUCUUACUGGUUCAGCCAUGGCUGGUGCUCUUGGUGGCUUCAAUGCACAUGCUAGUAAUAUUGUUUCAGCAGUUUACUUGGCAACAGGUCAAGAUCCUGCUCAAAAUGUUGAGAGUUCUCAUUGUAUGACCAUGAUGGAAGCUGUUAAUGAUGGCAAGGACCUUCAUAUCUCAGUCACUAUGCCUUCCAUUGAGGUGGGUACAGUUGGAGGGGGUACACAACUUGCAUCUCAAUCAGCUUGUCUUAAUUUACUUGGAGUUAAGGGAGCUAGUAAAGAGAGUCCAGGAGCAAACUCUAGGCAAUUGGCAACUAUAGUAGCUGGUUCAGUCCUUGCAGGAGAGCUUUCACUCAUGUCUGCAAUUGCAGCUGGUCAACUUGUUAAAAGCCACAUGAAAUACAACAGAUCUAAUAAAGAUGUCACCAAAGUUGCUUCAUGAGAUAAAUAACCUUUGCAUGUAUCAUCAAGAAUAAUAUUUCAAAAGGGCAUUAGUUGAUGUUAUUGAUAAUGAUGGGUGCACAGCCUGCAAACAAAACUUCAUCCAUGUAUAUGGUCCAUGCCAUGGGAUCAUAUCUAUCUCAAGUUGUACAGAAGCAGUUAAAUGAGAUUUAUUUUGUAUUUUUCUUCUUCUUUAGUGCUGUAGUAUGUCUCAAUUCCCAUCCAAAGCUUAAAGAUGUGGUGUACUAUUUUAAUAUGAGAUUUUUCUUUUCUUUUUAUUUAAUUUUCAAUUUUUAUUGCUUA